GGCUAACCCAGAUUUAUUCAAAUAUGAAGGAUUGAUUGCAACCUACCAAAACAAGAGUGAACAGAUUUUUUGCAUUAUCAUAAACUCUAGCCACAUUUAUUGCCUUGUAAUACGAUUCUUGCUUUUUUUUAAUUUUGAUAAGAUAUGAUUUUGUACUUAAGAAUCAAGAUAUGAUCUUUCUAUACCAGAAGAAUUGCUGGAUCGGACGCGUCAGAUCAACAAUCAAAGAUUGCUUUCGUAAUUGCCAUAAUUUAAUUACCAGUUUUUGGUCAAGAAUAAUAUUUGAAUUUCAUUUCCUCAAUUUGCACCAUUGAAUUUUACCAUAUAUAAAUGCUCUUAUAGGUGCUCUUCAUCACAGUUGACUCCGAAAUUCAGAGAUAUAAUCUUUAUAUUUUACUGAAUUUCUGUGGCCACAGAUAUCCGUGCUUUCUUAAUAUUUGAUUAGCCAUGGCUUUCGUGAAGGAUUACUCACUGGUUUCUUCCGUGGUAAUGGUGGUGGCUUUGUCUGGGGUGUGUUUUGGUGGUACUGUGUACAAGGUGGGUGACUCCCAUGGGUGGACAGCCAAAGAUGGUUUUAAUUACAAGGAAUGGGCAGCUAGCAAGACCUUUUAUGUUGGAGACACCAUCGUUUUUGAGUACAAUGCCAAGGAGCAUAAUGUGGCACAAGUGACCCACGGAAAUUUCAAGGCCUGCAACUCAACGGAUGCAAUCACCACCACCGCCUCCGGCAACGACAGUAUAAAGUUGACGAAACCUGAACACUUGUUCUACAUUUGCGGUGUCCCCGGUCACUGCCAGGCCGGCCAGAAGGUUGACAUCAGAGUUGUUGCUUCAUCAUCAGGCCCUAAUGCAUCAAGUCCGAUUCACACCCCACCACCCAGUUCUUCAAACCCUAAUGCAUCAAGUCCGAGUCACACCCCAGCUCCCAGUUCUUCAAACCCUAAUGCAUCAGUUUCACCUGCUCCUGUCUCAUCCGAGAAGAGCAGUGCUCCAUUUGUCCAGUCUUCUAAUGGGCUACUUAUGCUUGUGAUGAUUAUGGGGGUUCUUGCUUCUUUUUAUUAAUAGUGUAAUUGGUUUUUGUUAUUCAUUUGUUUUAUACAACGGAGCUUGGAGGUGGAUGUUAG